AUGAGGAUUCAAAGCCCAAGUUCGGGAACUUGCAGCCCUUCCUCGCCACGGUCCCCGAGCACUGCUAAAAGCACGACAACAUGGCAAACUCGAAGCUGCCCAUUGAGUGGGAGGUGGAGGGAUCGGCAAAACACAGGACUGUCAGGACUUGCUUCCACGGAGAAGGUGUCUACCUCUGUGAUUUUUGGAGAUACGCCCCCUCCCGCCUCGGCGCGGGAGUAUGGCCUGUGGCGCCCGGGCAGGAGGCGGCUGCCGCAACGCAUCCAAGAGGAGGUCUUUGUACAGCGGGAGAUGUCUGAGCUGCUGGAAAAAAUCAUCGACACGGCUCAUUUCCAGGAUGAAGGAAAGCCAGAGGAGAUUGCAAAGGAACAAAAAUUGAAAGCGCCACAUCAGGAAGCCUGGCCAACGUUGGAGUUUCCGUUGACAUGGGCGCCGCCGGAGAAAGUGCAGGGGCCACCUGCUGAUGUGGAUGUUCUAUUGCAGCAAUCCAACCUCUACAGUUUCUUGGAGUUAUGA